CAUGCUGGAGAAUGUGCAGAAUCUACUCUUUGUGGGGCUUCCAGUUCCUAGGGAAAAUUUUAACUCCUGUUUUCAGCAAGGGGAAACACCAUGGCUGCUAGAGCAAGAAGGCCCAAGGAGCUCCUGUCCAGAUGCAGAGACUAAUUUUGAAGUGAAGAAGAUGUGUACAAAGCUGAGCCUUUUGGUGGAAGGAUGUGGCACCCAAAGAUACAUGACUGAUGGUCUCUGUGAUUUCAUUUUGAAAGAAAACUGUGACUCUAAUAUGAAAGUAAAUAAAAAUCUAAAGAGUGACUGUGAAUUUGAUGAGACUUCAGAAAAAUUCAGCCUAUAUUCAGUUCUAAAUCAUCAUACAAAAUUGACCCUAGGAAAUGAGAGUUGUCAGGAUAAUAAAUGCAGCAAAUGCUUUCCUGAAGAAGUAGGACUUAUUCAGGCCCUUGAGAAAUCUCCUGAAAUCCCCCUGUAUCAACAUAACCUAUGGGGAAUGGCCUUUAGCUGGCAUUUAGACUUUAAUAGACAUCCAAAAAGUAAACAUGUAAAUAUGGUUUCUGUGAGUAAUAAAUGGAGGAGACCUUCCAGUCAGAACUCUGAAAUUGCUGUAGAUCAAUUAAUCCACUGUGGAGAGAAACCUUAUGAAUGUGAACAGGGUGGAAAGACUUUUACACAAAGGUGCCAUCUUGUUACUCAUCACACAGUCCACACUGGAGAGAAGCCUCAUGAAUGUAAACAGUGUGGAAAGACUUUCAAAAGGAAGAGUACUCUCGCUGCACAUCAGAGAAUCCACACUGGAGAUAAACCUUAUGGAUGUAAACAGUGUGGAAAGGCUUUUACACAGAGGGGCUGUCUUACUGUUCAUCAGAGAAUUCACACUGGAGAGAAACCUUAUGAAUGUACAUACUGUGGGAAGACUUUCACUUUUAGGAGCACUCUUGCUGAACAUCAGAGAAUCCACACUGGAGAGAAACCUUAUGAAUGUAAACAGUGUGGAAAGGCUUUUAAAAGGAGGGACUCUCUUGCCAGACAUCAGAGAAUCCACACUGGAGAGAAACUUUAUGAAUGUAAACAGUGUGGAAAGACUUUCACUUUUAGGAGCAAUCUUGCAAAACAUCAGAGAAUCCAUACUGGAGAGAAACCUUAUGAAUGUAAACAGUGUGGAAAGACUUUUAUACGGAGGGACUCUCUUGCUAGACAUCAGAGAAUCCAUACUGGAGAGAAACCUUAUGAAUGUAAACAGUGUGGAAAGACUUUCACAGAGAGGGGCCAACUUGCCAGACAUCAGAGAAUCCACACUGGAGAGAAACCCUAUGAAUGUAAACAGUGUGGAAAGGCUUUCAAAGAGAGUGGCCAUCUUGCCAGACAUCAGAAAAUCCACACUAGAGAAAAGUCUUAUGAAUAUAAACACUCUGGAAAGGAUUUCACACAGAGGGGUGAUCUUGCUGUACAUCAGAAAAUCCACACUGGAGAGAAGUCAUAUGAAUGUAAACACAGUGGAAAGACUUUCACACAGAGGCACAAUAUUACUUUACUUAAGAGAUUCCACAAUGGAGAGGUCUUCUGAAUGUAAACACUGUAGAAAGGCUUUCACAAAUAGACCUAGUCUUGUAUAUCAGGGAAUCCACACAUGAAUGUACACAAUGAGGAAAGACUUUCAUAAGGAAGAGCACUCUAGCUGCACAUCAGAGAAUCCACACUGGAGAUAAACCUUAUGGAUGUAAACAGUGUGGAAAGGCUUUUACACAGAGGGGCUGUCUUACUGUUCAUCAGAGAAUUCACACUGGAGAGAAUCCUUAUGAAUAUAAACAAUGUGGAAGGACUUUCAAGAGGAAGAUCACUCUUGCUGCACAUCAGACAAUCUGAAGGUUACUGAAGAGUAACCUUCUUGAAUGUAAACAGUGUGGAAAAGUCUUUCACAGGGAGGAGCAAUUUUGGUGCACAUAAGAGAAUCUACACUGUAGAGAAACCUUAUAAAUGUAAACAAUGUAGAAAGGCCUUCACACAUAGGAAUAGUCUUGCCAGACAUCAGAAGGUCCACACUAGAGAGAACCCUUUUGAGUGUAAGCAAUGUGGAAAGACUCACAAGGAACAGCACUCUUGCCAUAUAUCAGACAGUCCACCCUGGAAGUGAAGAUUAUAAAUGUAAACUGUGGAAAGGCUUUCACAGAGUUGGUCCAUCUUAC